AUGGAGGUCGUCCUGGGGGAAUAUAACCUGGCCAAGGUGGAGAGCCCGGAACAGGAGAUUUUGAUCAACCCCGAGGACAUCUUCGUGCACCCCGGCUGGAACUCCAACUGCCUCAGCUGGGGAGGGAAGGAAAAUAGCCCCCUCCUCACCACCGUCACCGCCUCUUCUUCCAGGGACGACAUCGCCCUGAUCAAACUCUCCCGGCCGGCCGUUCUCAACGACAAGGUGCAGCUGGCGUGCCUCCCCCCACGAGGAGAGGUGCUCCCCAACCAUCAUCCCUGCUACGUCUCUGGCUGGGGCACGCUCUACACCGGAGGCCCCAUGCCUGACAUCCUUCAGCAGGCGCUUCUGCCAGUCGUGGACUAUGCACAUUGCACCCAGCCAGACUGGUGGGGGACCUACGUCAAGCAGACCAUGGUGUGCGCCGGUGGGGACAUCAAAGCUGCCUGCAACGGUGACUCCGGGGGCCCCCUCAGUUGCCCAGCUGCUGACGGCCGGUGGUACGUUCACGGGGUGACCAGCUUCAUCUCUGCCCGGGGUUGCAACACCCUGCAGAAGCCCACCGUCUUCACCCGCGUCUCUGCUUUCAUCCCCUGGAUCGAGCAGGUAUUGCCCAGCCCCCAUAUCAGAGGGGAGG